UGUUUGCAAUGGGUUAUUCCCCAUCGUCUUUUGUCACGUCAUUUGUCAAUGUCAAGUGAUGUGCUGUCAAGAGAGAUUUUGUGGAUUUUGUUAUCGGUGAUUGCAAAUCUCAGAAAUUAAUAUUUUCUUGAAUUUAAUUGUUCUAAUUGGUGUAAGAAAUUAUACAUGCGUAACAAGUACUGGUAGAUAAUGUAAUGUUAAACUUCCAAUAUCGAAGUCACUUUUAGAAAAAAAAUAUAAAGAACCAAUGUUAUUACUUGAUUAAUAUUGGAAUUGCUUGCAAAAUGGCUUUUUAUUCAUGCAGUCGUUAUAGAUUGAUUGUUUUUAUUAUGCUAGCAUUGAUUAUAUGGCAAUGCUUCCGAUUAUUAUUACCAGAAAAACCUAGAAGUCUAUUUUCCGAGCAAACUAUACUGCAGUUAGAAGAUGAUAAGUACAACAAGCAUAAACUAGAUAAAGUAAAAGUAAGAGUGUACUAUGAAGCCCUCUGUCCUGACUCCAAGCAUUUCUUCAUCAAACAUUUAUGGCCAGUGACUGAAAAGUUGCAAGACUUUAUAGAUGUGACUUUAGUCCCUUAUGGCAAAGCUAGUACCAAAGAAGAAAAUGGACACUAUUAUUUUUCAUGUCAACAUGGUGAGGAAGAGUGUUAUGCAAACAAAGUUCAUGCUUGUGCGAUUGAUUCACUGGGCAACAUGACUGCUGCUGUCCAGAUCACCAAGUGCAUGAUAACUGAUAAUUUAGAUGCUGAUCAAGCUCUUUCUCGGUGUACGAAAGAAAUGGGCAUUGCUCCCGAACCUAUCAAUAACUGUGCUGUACACGCUCACGGAUCCGCUUUACUCAAACAACAUGGUGAUGACACAAAUAUUAUAAAACCAUCAUUUAUUCCAACAAUAACAAUCAAUGGCUCAAAAGAUAAUCAGGCUGCGAUUUUGAAGAACUUCCAUUUGGAGAUUUGCAAAUUGAUUGAUAUGCCUUUACCGCCACCGUGUUUGUGACAGUCAAUGAUGCACAGAGAAAGAGUUAAACAUAUUUUGCUGUACAAAUCGGGAUAGAUGUAGGAACUUACAUAAACUUUUUAGAAUGUAAACUGCUGUGAGUGGAUUUAUCUUCAAACUUAAAGAAAACUUAAUAGAAACUUUUGCUCAGAUAUUUGUCACAAAUAUAAGUUAGUAAGUUUAUUUUUGAGUCUUUUUCAAUCAAAUUUCGUUUUGGAAUCUUUUACAAAUGGCUUCUUAGGAGUAAAGAAUCAUACAUUUAUAAUGUCACAAUAUUAAGAAAAUAAGGUUUUAAGUAUUAUAAUAUAAUCAAUGUAUCAAAGAUCAGUGUACAGUGAUUCUGUACAAAUUCAUUCAGUCAAGUUUCUGCUUUGUGGAUGGUGCAAAUCAAUUGUGUAUUUUUUAAUUAAAAUCCUAUAUACUCACAUAUUAACUGUUGCGUUAAGCAAUUGUUGCGACUUGUAAAAAUGUAUAAGUAUAUAUAACUAUGCAGAUAACUUAUCGGUAAGUUUACCUUGGAUUUUACUAUGUACAAAUUAUUAUUGUUCCACUGCAUUUUCCUAUGCGUGAGGUAUGUUUUAAAAUCAAUUAUAAGAAUCACGCACACAGUGAUUAACUGAUAGUUUAUAGAAAAAUGGUAUCCAAAGUGUUCUAUAAAAAAGCAUAUAUGAUAAAAACUAGGAUUUACGUAUUUUGCAUAAUGAUGUCUAAAUUGGUAGAAACUACUAUACUAUAUACUCAUCAUGUGAUGAAUGAUGGGGGUUAUAAUUUACCUAAAAUUGGUUCCUU